GUCCGAGAGGGAGGGAGAACGAGCUCUACGUCAACGCUAGCAAAGUCCGUUAUUAAAAUAUAAAGCUAAGUUUAUUAAUUCCGCGUCUUGUCUGGGAAUAUUUUAGCAGUUUGACCGGUUGGAAUAAUUUGACUGUUAUUAAGGUCACUGAAGAUGCCUACUGUGAAGUAUCAAAAGGAUGAAACAGUGAUGGGCCGCUGGCCAGGCAGCAGUCUCUAUUAUCAGGUCAAGGUCGUGGGCUUUGAUUCGAAAAGCCAGCUCUACACCGUCAUCUACAAGGAUGGUACCGAGUUGGAGCUGAAGGAGCAAGACAUAAGGAGCGCUGCCGGUUUCCAGCUCCGAUCUCGCUCCCGUUCCCGUUCUCGAUCACCAGGACGCCGUCGCAGCCGCUCACGCUCCCCGGCAAGGACCACACGGCGCUCAUCUUCCCGCACAGCAGCGGCCGUAGCUGCAGCAGCAAUAACAGAGAGUGCAAAAGAGUCCUCCCGCAAGGACGCAAAGGUCAAGGACACACCGGAAGCAGAUCUUAGCUCUGUGCAGACAAAGGAAGCAGAGAACAAUAGCAACAAUAAGCAUGAAAAGAAAGAGGAGAAUAACACUGCAAACAAAGUAAACGAGAAGCCUGAGGCCAAGGUCGAUGCAGAACCAGAGAAGAACCAGGGCCGUUACAAUCUGCGCCGCAGGAAGGAUGAUGGAGACGCUAAACCAGUGGAGACCAAAGCUGAGGAGCCGGAGGAGAAAGAGGCCAAACCGGCUCCAGCUCCAACUGUCGCCACCACACUGGACUUUGGAGGGAAAAUAGGAGCGUACUUCUGGCUGCUCUUCCUCCCUGCCUGGGUCCUCUUCCUGCUGCUCCAGGUGAACAUGGAGGACCCUAGUCUGGUAAACUUCCCUCCUCCUCUGCCCCCACUGGAGACCUUGUGGGACACCCAGGCCUUUGGGAUCGUCAUCCUCUGGAUCUUAUUCCAAGCCCUGCUCUAUGUCCUACCUGUUGGGAAGGUGAGUGAGCUGAGUGAGGGUAUGCCACUGAGGACUGGAGAGCGUCUGAAGUACAGAACCAAUGGUUUCUUUGCCAUUGUGGUGAGUGCUUUGGUUGCGGUAGCAGCAGUGUAUCAGGGUAUCGAUCUUACCUAUAUACACAGCAACUUCCUGCAGCUCUCUGUGGCCACCUUCCUCAUUUCCGUCCUGCUCAGUAUCUACCUGUAUAUACGCUCUCGCUAUGUGUCCGCUGACCAGCUGGCUUUGGGAGGAAACUCUGGAAAUGUGGUUUAUGACUUCUUCAAAGGACGUGAACUGAACCCACGCAUCAAAAAUUUUGAUCUGAAGUUUUUCUGUGAGAUGCGUCCUGGUCUGAUUGGCUGGUGUCUGAUCAACUUUGCGAUGGCACUAGCAGAGAUGAAGCAACAGGGUCUGGAUGCUCCAUCCUACGCCAUGAUCCUGGUCAACGUCUUCCAGCUGCUCUAUGUGGUGGACGGACUCUGGAAUGAGGAAGCCAUCCUGACCACCAUGGACUUGAUGCACGAUGGUUUUGGCUUCAUGUUGGCCUUUGGUGAUCUGGUUUGGGUUCCCUUCACUUACACCCUGCAGGCCUAUUACUUGGUCAGCCACCCAAACCCCCUGAGCCCCCUUGUGGUUGCACUUAUCGUUACACUCAAACUCGUCGGCUUCUACAUCUUCAGGAAAUCCAACUCUGAGAAGAAUGCCUUCAGGAGAAACCCAUCAGACCCCACAUUGUCCUACCUGAAAACCAUCCCCACGGCUACAGGAAAGAGUCUGCUGGUGUCUGGCUGGUGGGGUGUAGUCCGUCACCCCAAUUAUCUGGGAGACCUCAUCAUGGCUCUGGCCUGGUCUCUACCCUGUGGCUUCAGCCACCUCCUGCCCUGGUACUACAUGAUCUACUUUAUCAUCCUGCUCGUGCACAGAGACUCUCGUGACAUGAGCAACUGCAGAAGAAAGUACGGCUCAGCGUGGGACGAGUACUGCCGGACUGUUCGCUACCGGAUCAUUCCCCGUGUUUACUAAGGAACCCGACGCUGGACACUCCCAAGCUGAGGCCUUUGGUUUUCUUCUUUUUUUUAAAUUAAUGAAAUGUUACAGAUGUGGAGGCUCAAAAACCUAAAUCUGAAUCAGCAGAAUUUGAAUUUUAGAGUUUAGAAAAAGACCGUUUUUAAUCAUGAUUCUGGACUGAAGGAACUGCUUUACAGUUUAGGAAUUUUUCAGUGGAAGAAAAAAAAAACACUUGUUGAUAUGGACUGAAGAACUGCCUUUUAGUAAGAAAAUACUUUAAAAAAAAUACUUGAAAAGUUUUUAAAAUGGGGGGGAAAGCAAGAAAAAAAAGCCUCUGUUAGGAAUGUCUUGUUAGGAUGUAUAUUUUUGUAUAUAUACAUUGUUUUUAUACUUUCACAAUAUUUUGCCAUUUACAUAAUCUUUGGUAAGUUUGACUUUUUGCUCCCAUAUUCAAAACGCAACAAUAUCAGCUUGGCUACCAUGAAUAAUUUUUGUAAGUAAGCCUUCCAACUAUAACUAUACUGCUUCUGUAUAUUGUGAAGGAUGGGAUUAAAAUGUUUUUUCUUUUUUUAAUGUGUACAGUGGAACUAGGACUCUUGUUCUUUCUCAGGACCCAGGACUUUGUCAGAAUGAUGAGUUAGAAAAGCUUUGUCGAAAUCAUUUUGUUGUGUAUAAUUUUAUAGAGAAUGCUAGUUUUGACUUGAGCGUGUAAAAUGAUUUUGGAGGUUUUGAGAGAAAGAAAUGCACUAAUGCUUUCAUGCAUUAUAUUUUCUUUUACAUGAUCCUUUCUAAAAGUGUUUUUUUUAAUUUGGCUUUACUACCUCAGGUUCACUCACUGUCUAAUUACUCCUCUGGGAUGCAGCGUGUGAAGUCACUGCCCAACAGAGGAAGUUUAUUUGGUACAAACAGCACCAUUUUAUGUAACAAGCUUUGAAGAGCCCACCUUCUACACUGUUUCACUCUGACGGUGCUGGAGCAUACUCCCAUAUUAGGAACUGGCUGGUAGUUUGUCACCACAUCAAUUUGACUUUUCUCAAUUUUAAAGCUUUAACCUGCCAGGUCAUGUGACAUUUCAGUGAAGUUUAUACUGUGACAACAUGAAGAGCUGUUGAUUGUGUAAGCAUUUAAAACCUGUGCAUUUGCAAACCCAAAAAAAAGUAUUUUUAAGCCUGUGCAGCUGUAGAUGAGCGUACGUAGCAAUACAGUACCUAGCUUAGGUAGCAUUUUCUUUAUGCUGUGCCGACUGAAUGCCAUGUAAAUAUGUUUGUUUUUUUUAAUCAUGUUAUUUUUGAGUAAAGGAAGCAACAGUAGCAGUAAUAGUAAUAUUUCUGAGUUGAUAUUUAAUGUUGCUUUUUUAUUUGGGGUUUUAAUUUAAUAUCUAAUUUUGACCACUGUAGCUAUGUUUACACCUGGAUCUGCCAUGUACUUGGACAAUAUUCCAAAGUCUGAUCAAAUAAAUGUGAAAUUGGUCUCAGAAAACACUUGUCUGAUGAGAGAGAAUGAAAAACAUAUUUGAGAUGUCACCCUCCUGUAUGCUCCGGGACAUUAUUACGUUUUCUUUUUAUUUAAAUUUGCUACUUCUCUCCUGGUGUUGGCAGUUUGUAAGUGAAAGCAAUAAGCUGAAUGAAUGGGAAAUAAAUAGGCUGUCAGUGAACAUGACACGUCUGUGACAGUGGCUGGAAAAAAGCCUCUCUGUACACUUUUGCAGAAUAAAAUAAAGAUUUACAAUAUUUCCUU